AAGUGCACUCAUGCGCAAACGUUUUCCCCUGGUGUCAGGACGACCUUUUUUAUAAACGGGUUGGCCAGUGACGUCACACUUUAACAGCUCUAUUGUUAAAUCCCAAUAUAGUGGCCCGUCAAAUGAAGACCAUCACUUAUUCAUUAGCAUCAACCAAGUGCAUGGAAGAAGGAUGGACAGUCAAGCCACMAUCACCUGCACCUUCUGAAGGUGACGAUGCUUUUGAUCCCUUUGUCAUUGAAGUCAAUCCCAUCCAACAGCAAAAGAGAGGUUUCCUGGAGCGGUUUUAUGAAAAUGGCCAAAGAUUUCUUAUAAUCCUCCCUGAUGGCACAGGCUGCUGCUACUACCCAAGUGGUAAUAUCGCUGUUAUUAUCACCUCGACAGAAAAAGGAAAAUUCACUUACCUAGCAUUUGCGGACACUGAUGAUUACGGACGAACUCGUUCCAACAUGCUUGCCGUAUUUGAUCCUUCUGGACAUGGGACUUGCUAUUUCCGCAACAGCGGUAUAGUAAGGUUGGUAUUAGAUCCCUAUGGUGGUAUCCUACUAGAUACCUAUGGUGCACGCAAGAAGAAAUGGCUUUGGCACAACCUCAAGCAACACGUCCAUGCACCUCCCUUUCAGCCAAUCACAUUCAGCAUAACCAAGCAAUUAUCUGUACGAUGUCUUACACAGGAUAAGAUUAUAUUGACCUUUAACCAGGGAAAGUACACUGCAAAGUUCAAUGUUGGAUCAAAACUGAAGGCUGUUCGAGCUGCAAGACCUCCACUUGACAGGGUUGACUAUGAAAUCCAUCUAGCAGAGUCCAAGCAAUUUAUUAACAUUUUACUAGAUCGUACCCAGAACGCCUUGCGGCUACCAAACUAUCCACGUCUGGACAAGAUCCCACUCCCUCACCGCCUCCAAAAACCAAAGCAACCCGGGAGAAGUAAACUAGAAGUGUUAAGGACUGCAAGCCAGGCUGACACUUCGACUGUUACAGUUAACUAGGACAAAAUAUAUUUAAAGUUUAUAGUUUAUGAGCGUUAAAAAUUAGGUUUUUAAAAGUGUUAGUUUUUGAUAUUUAUAUGUAAAGAAGUUCAUUAAAAAACUUAUUUAUUCUUCCA